UGCGCCAUGAUGUCACCAGGCAGGUUUAUGCACCAGAUAGCGAGAGGGGGAAAAAAGAAAAAUCAUUGGACGUGUUGCUAUGGAAACACCUGGUGCCUAUUUUUACGGAAACGGGGGUGGGCCACGCGGCACAGGGAGCCGGCGAGAGCGCUGAGAAAUGAGUGGCGGGUUCGAAUCCUGCCUCUGCCAGUUCUGCCAGCUGUGCGAUUUUGAGAACCACUUUCCCCACCCCGAGGCUCCUAAAGGACCCUAACGAGAAGAUAAUAAUAAUUUACUCUCUGACCUGCGAAUUAAGAGAGACGAUGUACGCACAGUGCUUGGCACAAUGGCCCGGAGUCCACUCAGGUUACUAGUUCAGGACUGAGGACCUGGGGAAGGAGGCUGCUGGUCUGCAAGGCCUUCGCACAGACUCUCCCCUUUCCCAGCUCGGAGGCCCCUGCCAGAACCUUGGCUCCUCCUCAGACUUCUGUGCCUGCUGCGAGACUCACUGGAUCCAGGGUCUUGGUCGUGAAAGGUCCGCCAUGUGGGCGCCCGGGCUGCGCACGCUGCAGCUGCUGCUCCUGCUGGGCGCAUCGUGGGCGCGGGCAGGUGCCCCGCGCUGCACCUACACCUUCGUACUACCCCAGCAGAAGUUCACGGGUGCCGUGUGCUGGAGCGGGCCAGCAUCCGCGGGCCCGAUGCGGGAGGCGGUGAACGCCAGCGAGGUGGCGGCGCUGCGCGUGCGCGUGGGCCGUCACGAGGAGCUGCUGCGCGAACUUCACCGGCUGGCGGCGGCCGACAGCGCCGUGGCCGGCGAUGUGCGCGCAUUGCGCAAGGACAGCCGCGGCCUGAGCGCGCGCCUGGGCCAGCUGCGCGCGCAGCUGCAGCACGAGGCGGACCCAGAAGCUGGGCCCGGCGCGGGAGCGGAGCCCGCCGCCGCACUGGCGUUACUUGGGGAGCGUGUGCUCAACGCGUCUGCCGAGGCGCAGCGCGCCGCCGCCCGCUUCCACCAGCUGGACGUCAAGUUCCGUGAACUGGCGCAGCUGGUCAGCCAACAGAGUAGCCUUAUCGCCCGCCUGGAGCGCCUGUGUCCAGGAACCUCGGGCGGGCAGCAGCAGGUCCUGCCACCGCCCCUGGUACCUGUGGUUCCAGUCAGUCUGGUGGGUGGCACGAAUGAUACCAGCAGGAGGCUAGACCCAGCCCCAGAGCCCCAGAGCCAGCAGGAGCCCUUGGCUUCUUCCAUGCCCACAGGGUACCCUGCUGUUCCCACCAAGCCAGCGGGCCCAUGGCAGGAUUGUGCAGAGGCCCAUUGGGCAGGCCAUAGGCAGAGUGGAGUGUAUGAGCUGCAACUGGGCCGGCAUGUGGUGUUGGCAUGGUGUGAGCAACAGCUGGAAGGUGGAGGCUGGACUGUGAUCCAGAGGCGGCAAGAUGGCUCUGUCAACUUCUUUACUACCUGGCAGAACUACAAGGUGGGUUUUGGGCAGCCUGAUGGGGAAUAUUGGCUGGGCCUUGAACCUGUGCAUCAGCUGACCAGCCGUGGAGACCAUGAGCUGCUGGUGCUCCUGGAAGAUUGGAGGGGCCGUGGUGCACGUGCCCACUACGAUGGUUUUUCCCUGGAGCCUGAGAGCGACCACUACCGCCUACGGCUUGGCCAGUACCAUGGAGAUGCUGGAGACUCUCUUUCCUGGCACAAUGACAAGCCUUUCAGCACUGUAGAUAGGGACCGAGACUCCUAUUCUGGUAACUGCGCCCUGUACCAGCGGGGAGGCUGGUGGUACCAUGCCUGUGCCCACUCCAACCUCAAUGGUGUGUGGCACCGUGGUGGCCACUAUCGCAGCCGCUACCAGGAUGGUGUCUAUUGGGCUGAGUUUCGCGGCGGAGCUUACUCUCUCAAGAAGGCUGCCAUGCUGAUCCGGCCCCUGAGGCUGUGAUCAUCUGUCUGUCUGUCCCCCAGGUCCCAGGGGAUG